AGCAGUGAGGUUCCACGUAUCACACACUACAAUCAAAUUCUAUUGCCUGAGAAAAUAUAGUGGAUAACCAGAGGUAGGAGAAGCACAUAAAAUUCCCAGAAGAAAAUAUACUACUUUUUGGGGAUAUCAAGAAACCAAAAAGGAGAUUUGAGAUAGACAAGAAAGAGAGGCCCAAGUUAAGCAUACACAGCCAGCCCCAAGAAUCUAAGCAUCGGCCAAAUGGCAGCAGCAGCUUCUACUUCAAUGGCAGCUACUGCCGUCUUUGCUUCUCGUUUCCCACUUUCCUCCACCACCAAAGCCGCCCCUGCUCGCUGCUCCGCCUUGCCUUACCUUCCAUCCCGCCUUUCUGCUACUGCCUUCUCAUCUUCUCUCAAGUUUGUUGAGCCCAAGAGGGCUUUGCUACUCCAGGUCAAAGCCUCUUCAUCAGAGGAAUCCGGUGCUGUUGAUACCAGUGAGUUGUUGACAGAUCUAAAAGAAAAGUGGGAUGCUGUUGAAAACAAGUCUACAGUUAUAGUUUAUGGAGGUGGGGCAAUUGUUGCUGUUUGGCUGUCUUCAAUUGUUGUUGGUGCUAUCAACUCAGUUCCUUUGCUCCCGAAAAUAAUGGAGCUGGUGGGCCUUGGAUACACUGGGUGGUUUGUCUACCGCUAUCUUCUAUUCAAGUCAAGUAGAAAAGAAUUGGCAGAAGACAUUGAGCAAUUGAAGAAGAAGAUUGCAGGAACUGAAUAAAUGCACACAAAUGGCAAUGCCAGUUCAGACUGUUAAUUUUCUGUAUGAGAGGCAUCUGCUUGUGUGAAGUAGAGUAGAUUUUGAUGUAAUUUUCUUCUAUGCUGAGCAAAUCUUCAAAUAAAAUUAUGUAUUUACCUUACAGUUCAUUGUGCUUAUAAAUUAUAUAGUAUCCACUUUGUUUCUAUGAA